AUGGCUGAGAAACAAGAGCAAAACACAAAGAUGGAGCUGAUGAGGAUGGAGAUACAGAAUGUGAAUGAAAAACUGAAACAGAACAUGGAGGAAAUAAAUGUAGAGAAAGACAGAAUACGACAAAUGUGGGCUGAUGUCCAAACAGAGAAAGACAUUCUGGAGAGAAGACACAACGAGACCAUUAACGAGAGACAGAGUUUGGAAUUGAUCAAGUAUGAGACAUUGAGAGCAAAAGAGGAGAUGGAGCACUGCAAGGAAACAACAAAACAAGAGCAGGAGAAAAUGGAACAGAUAAAGGCUGACAUUCAGGGACAGAUAGAGGACAUGGAAAUAAGAAUUGCAGAAACCAAUCAAGUAAAAGAAAAAAUGGAAGCGAUGAAGGCCGAUGUACACAGGGAGCAAGGUCAGCUGGAGACAAAAAGAGAUGACAUUAAAAGACAAAAAGAACAAUUUGAGCAGAUUAAAUGUGAGAUAAACAAAGUAAAAGAAGAGAUGGAUCGAAGGUGGUAUGAAACUGAAAAAGAAGAGCUUGAGCAGAGAGUUAGGAUCCAGCAAGAGAAAGAGGAACUUGCAAAUGUAAAAGCUGAGCUGCAGAGAGCUAAAGAGGAGGUUGAUCAAAACAGGGAGAAGACGAAGCAAGAGAAGGACCUGGUCAACAAAAUUAAAGCAGAGAUUCUUCUAGAAAAAGAUUCACUUGAGAAGGACAAACAAGAAACAUUAAGAAAACAAAAGGAGUUGGAGCAGAUCAAGUAUGCGAUUCAAAUGGACAAAGAGGAGAUUGAGCAAAACAGAGAGGAAGCAAAGCGAGAGAAUGAUAAAAUGGAACAGAGGGAAGCUGAACUGCAGAGACAAGUGGAAAAGAUUGAGAGAAAAAUUGAGGAGACAAAGCAAGAAAAUGACAGAAUGGAAAACGUAAAAGCAGAGAUACAGAGAACGAAAGAAGCACUGGAGAAACAAAAAGAUGACACCAGAAGAGUGAAGGAGGAAAUAGAAAAAAGAAGGUAUGAGACUGUCAAGGAGGAGCUGGAGCAGAGAGCUGAAAUACAGAGACAGAGGGAAGAAGUGGAAAUGCUAAAGUCUGAAAUGCAGAAAGCCAAGGACAUUGAAAAAAUAAGAGAAAACCGAGAGAGAGAGGAAGCCAAAAAGUGGAGUGAAGAAGUAAAGCGACAGAGAGAUGGGAUCAAACAAUUGAGAGCUGAAAUUCAGAAGGAAAAAUACAACGUGGAGAGGAAAAAGCAAGAGACAAUGAGAGAGAGACAAGAAUUGGAGAGGAUUAAUUUUGAAACAUUGAGAAUGAAAGAGGAGAAUGAGCAAAGCAGGGAGAUCACAAAAAGAGAAAAGGAGCAAAUGGAGCAGAUGAAAGUUAAUAUACAGAGACAGAUAGAAGAUAUAGAAGAUAAAGUUAAAGAGACACAACAAGCAAAAGACAAAAUUGAAGAAAUGAAAGCAGAGAUACAGAGACAACGAGAAGAUUUGGAGAGUAGAAGGGAAAAGACAGAGAAAGAGAGAGAAUAUUAUGAAGAGGUUAAGUAUGAGAUAAUUCAAUUGAAAGAGGAAAUGGAAAGGAAAUGGUGUGAAACAGAGAAAGAAGAGAUGGAACAGAGAGCAAGAGCACAGCAAGAGAAGGAAACACUUGAAAGGUUGAAGGAGGAAAAACAGGAAGUGCAAGAGGAGAUAGAAAGAAACAAGGUGGAAACGCAACGAGAAAGAGAAGACCUAGAAAAAAUUAAAGCCAGUGUAAAAGACGAGAAAAACAUUGCAGAGAAAAUAUCAGACGAGGCCAAAAUAAAGAAUGAGAACUUAAAGGAAAUAGAGCGUAAACUUCAGGAAGAAAGGGAAGACAUCCAGAGGAGCAAGCAAGUCAUAAAGCAAGAGAAGGAAGAGAUCGUAGAGAUGAAGGCUGAACUCCAAAAACAGAUGACAGAAAUAAAGAACCGUGUGAAGGAGGCAAACAGAGCAAAAUAUGAGGUGGAUCAGGCAAAGGUGGUCGUACAAAAAGUGGAGUCCCAGCUGAAAAAGCAAAGAGAUGAGGCUGGAAGACUAAAAGAUGAAAUUGAGAAACAGAGAUAUGAAGCAGUGAAAGAAGAGCUUGAACAACGAGCUGAAAUCCAAAGAGAAAGAGAAAUGUUGGAGAAAAUAAGAGAUGAGAUACAGAGAGCUAAAGAAGAUUCCGAAGAAAUACAGCUUCAGAACGAAAAAGGGGACUUACAAAAGAAGAUGGAUGAAACAAAGCAGGAGAGGGAGAUGCUUGAGCAAAUUAAAACUGAGGUUUUGUCAGAAAGGGCCAUAUUGAAAAGACAAAUCCAUGAAACAGCAAGAGAAGGAGACGACUUGGAAUUGCUUCGGUGUGAGACCCUGAAGAAAAAGCAGGAGUUUGAGAAAAAGAAGGAUGAAGCUGUCAAGGAAGAGCUUGAACUGAGAGCUGAAAUGCAGAGAGAUAGGGAGGAGAUAGAGAGAACCAAGAAGAAAAUAGAGAGGGAGUUAAAACAAGGCAGGGAUGCCACAAGUCUAGAGAGAGACGAAAUUGAACGGAUGAAGGUUGAAAUACAGACCCAGCACGAGGAAAUGACAAGAUCCAUUGAGAGGACAAAGCAAGCCAGAGAUGUGAUGGAACAGGUGAAAGAUGAAAUUCAGAGAGAAAAAGAACUUUUGGAGAGAAUAAGGGAAGAAACAAUAAGAGAGAAAGAACCCUAUGAAAAGGUCAAGUAUGAGCUAAACAGAGUAAAAGAAGAGAUGGAAAAACUCUGGGACGAUGUACAGAGGGACGAACAGGAAGAGAGAGCCAAACUGCAGAGAGAAAAUGUGGAGUUGAAUAAGAGAAUGGAGGAAAUUAAGAAAGAGCUUAACCAGAUUGAAACAAUUAAAUUUGACCUAGAGAGACAGAGAGAUGAGAUUGAAGCAAGGAUGGAGAAGACAAAGAGAGAGAUGGACCAGCUGGAACAGACGAAGGCUGAAAUACAAAGACAGAAAGAGGACAUUGAAAACAAGAUGACAAAAACAAAGAGUGAGAAAGAUGAGAUGGAAAGGAUCAAAUCUGAGAUACAGAAGCAGAAAGAGGAAAUUGAAAACAAAAUGCAACAAGCAAAGACAGAAAUGGAUGAGUUGAAAAGUGUGAGGGAAGAUAUUCAGAGACAGAGACAAGAGAUUGAGAGCAUGAUGCAAAAGGCCAAGAGAGAGAUUGGAGAGAUGGAACUAGUGAAGACUGAGAUGCAAAGGAAGAAAAAGGACCUUGAACAGAUGAUGAGAAAGACUAUGAGAAAAAGGAAGAAAUGGAAAAGAUGAAGGAAGAAAUAGAGAGAGCUGAAGAAGAGAUGGAACAAAGAAGGGAAGAGACCAAAAGGGAGAGAGAUGCAAUUGAACAGUCGAAGGCUGAAAUAGAAAGAGCAAAAGAGGAACUGGAGAUUUGUCUGGAAGAGAGCUUUAGAGAUAUUGAUGAGAAGGAACAGAUGAAAGAUGAGAUACAGAGAUUAAUCCAAGAGGUAGAGCGAACCAGAGAAAUGGUACGACAAACAAAAGUGGCAAUGGAAAACAGGAUGGAAGAAAGCAAUAUGGAGAUGGGUGACAAAGACAGAGUGAAUGCUGUAAUCCAGAGAUUGAUUCUAGAGGUGGAACAAACCAGAGAGGUGUUAAGAAGGGUGAAAGAAGAAAUGGAACAGAGCAAGGAGGAGUUAAAAGGGGAAAAGGACGAACUCAGACUGAUGAAGACAGAGACACAAAAAAGAAAAAAAGAGCUGGAGCAAAGGAUGGAGAAGAUCAUGCGAGAGAGGGAUGAGUUAGAACUGGUGAAGUCAAAGAUACAGAGACAAAAUGAAGAGCUGAAAAAGAAGAUGGAAGAUGGAAAGACUGAGAGUGAAAACAUGGAACAGAUGAAAGAUGAAAUUGAGAAACAGAGAUAUGAACAACGAGCUGAAAUCCAAAGAGAAAGAGAAAUGUUGGAGAAAAUAAGAGAUGAGAUACAGAGAGCUAAAGAUUCCAAAGAAAUACAGCUUCAGAAC